AAAGCUGUGUACACAGUACACCUCUGUUGUCUCUUGCCUGUCUCCGUUUUGUAUUCACUCACGACAUCUUACUCCUCUACUCACUCUUCACAUCCCACUGUUCCAAAAACCAAAAGAGUGAGUUCCUUGGAAACUGCGCUAACGACAACUCCAACGAGAAGAAGAAGAAGAAGAAGAAGAAUAAGAAAGAAGAAGAUUAAGCUUAAUAUUUAUGGCUGUUUCCGUGCUUCUCAAACAAUAGCUAACUGUCUCUCCCAAAAUCACCCCACCUACCUCGUCUCAAACUCAAACAUACACCAGGGUCUUGUGGGACAGGCAGCAUUGAAGUAAGUUUGCUCAUACAUCAGCCCCAUCUUCACUUUGUUCCUAGAAAGGCAGUUAAAAUCAUGCAGACCCCAAAAGCAAGAAGUGGCUCCUCAGAGGUGCCUCAGAAGGUUUCUCCUCGAGCUGUACGCCAACUCAAGCCAACUGCAGUAGAGACUGAUGUUGCAACUGCUUCAGCUCAGGCUAGUAGAGCACCUAAAGAUAGAAGCCCAAAAGUUGUUGAGCGUAGGUCACCCAGAAGCCCAGUGACUGAGAAGAAGCGCCCAAGCAGAAUAUCUGAAUUGGAAACCCAGGUUUCUCAUCUUCAGGAGGAACUGAAGAAGACAAAGGACCAGCUGAGUUCUUCUGAAUUAUGGAAGCAGCAAUCCCAGCAAGAUGCUGAGGAGUCCAAAAACAAACUAUUGGCUGUGUCUUCAGAGCUUGAAGAGUCCCAGCUGCAGCUUCAGGAGCUGUCUGCUUCUGAGGAAGCCCGUGUUGUUGAGCUACAAAAGAUCUCAAAAGAAAGGGAUCAAGCAUGGCAGUCCGAGCUCGAGGCUGUCCAGAGGCAGAACUCAGUCGACUCAGCCACAUUGGCCUCUGCCAUGAAUGAGAUUCAGCAACUUAGGGUCCAGCUUGGAAUGGUAGCUGAAUCUGGUUCUGCACAAACCAAGAACAAAGAAUCAGCAAAUGAAGAGCUUGAGAGCUUGAAAGCAAACCUUGCUGAAACUCUUUCUCUUGUGGCUAACAUGAAAAACCAACUACAGGACUGCAAAGAAUCAGAAGCUCAGGCACAAGCACUGGUUGGUGAAACUCUGCUGCAACUGGAAACUGCUAGACAAACUGUAGAGGUGCUCAAAUCAGAUAGCAUGAAAUCCAUGGAAGCUUACAACUCUGUUGCCUCAGAGUUAGACCAGUCAAGGGCACGUGUGAAUUUCCUAGAAGAACUUGUUAGCAAGCUUGAAGCAGGCCUAAAAAAUAUUAGUGGCGAUGUUUCUCAAAAUCCUGCAGGUGAUCAUAACAUUGAGCUGGAACUUGGAAAAGAUCAAGAGACAGGGGAAUCAAUCAAGAUUAAAGCAGAACUUCACUCUUUGAAGUCUGAGGUAGCUCGACUAAGAUCUGCUUUAGAAAUUGCUGAGAGCAAAUACCAUGAAGAACAAAUUCGGAGCACAGUGCAGAUAAGAAGUGCUUAUGAACUUGUGGAGCAGAUAAAAUCUGGAUCAAGUCUAAGAGAGGCUGCACUGGAGGCAGAACUAAAGAAAAAGAAAGCUGAUGUUGAGGAGUUAAAAGCAAACCUGAUGGAUAAAGAAACUGAAUUACAGGGUAUUUCGGAGGAGAAUGAGGGGUUGAAUUUGAAGCUUGAGAAGAGCUUGUCAUGCCAGAGGGAAUACGAACUGGAAAAGGAGCUGAAGAAAUUAAAUGAACGUGUUUCAGAGUUGAGGGCCAAUCUGAUGGAUAAGGAGACAGAAUUGCAGAGUAUAUCAGAGGAAAAUGAAAUGCUGAAACUGGAAAUCAAGAAAAGGGAAAUGGACAGGGGUAAAGCGAAUGAUCAUGUGGUUGCAGAAGUAGAGGCAGCAAAGGCUGCAGAGCGAGAGGCUCUUAUGAAACUUGGAAUAGUGAUGGAGGAAGCAGAUAAGUCAAACAGGAGGGCAGCGAGGGUGACUGAGCAGCUAGAGGCAACACAAGCAGCAAAUUCAGAAAUGGAGGCUGAGUUGAGAAGGCUAAAGGUGCAGUCUGACCAGUGGAGGAAGGCUGCUGAGGCAGCUGCGGCCAUGAUUUCAGCUGGGAAUAAUGGGAAGUUCAUGGAGAGAACUGCAUCAUUGGACAGCAACUAUAAUUCCAUUGCAGGGAAGAUGGGCUCACCUUACUCCGAAGACAUGGAAGAUGAUUUACUGAAGAAAAAAAAUGGUAACAUGCUGAAGAAGAUUGGAGUGCUGUGGAAGAAGCCACAGAAAUAGGAACACCAUGGGACAGAUAGUUUGGUGGUAUGUUCAACCCAGUUAUUUCAUUGAGUGUUAGCAUUCUUCCAAAGCUCUCAGUGGUGGCGAAAUGGAAGUAAUUACUCAGUUAUUUUCAGGCAUUUUGUGUUAACCCAUGAAUAUAUAUUGUAGUAUCCUAUAUCCUGUUUAUGUGACAAUUGCUGCUCUUAAUUUUGUAAGGAAAUAUUAUCAAACUCCAGGACAAUGUCGGAGUUAAUGACAAACAUGGGUUUCACCUGAUAUGAUUGUCUCCGUAAGAACAUAUUUACUGUUCUAUAUACUCGGAGUCGUUUUAUGGAUACAUUGGAGUAUUUGAUUAUUAUAGUAUGGCUCUUGCUUUGUAAAUU